CCAUAAAGGCUUGGAUGGCUGCCAUCUGACUACCUUUCAAUUUAUAGGUCGUCCGUUUGUUUUGGAUGACGUAGAUAACAUGUGAAUAAACCAAAGUGACGAAACAACCACAAUAUAAUUGUCUUAAAGUAUUAUUCUACUGAAAUAGAAUACUUUAGUGGGCGAACUCUUACCCAGACGCCAGUUAAACUGCGGAGGCAUACAAAAUAUACAAUUCUUCACACCUUAUUCCGCAAACCUUUUCAAAGCAGAUAACCGGAAACCAAUUUAAGAGUAAAUGCGCGUUGUCGUUGUGAGAAACUCAAUGACGUCACAGGAGGACUUUGGCGGAAUUCCUGAGCCCUCCAGUAUCCCAGCAUUCAACGGGCGCCUUGCAGCGUAUUGUUGACAAAGAAUAAACGAAACGGGGUGGGAUUUGAAAUAAAUAUCGUUAAACGGGAGAGAGAGGUGAACGUCAUGCUGCCAAAGAGCUGAAGUGGCUGCAUUUAGAACUGGAUCUCUGCACCGAUACAGCCCAGAGAGGGAAACAGUCCAGGGAGGAGGAAGUGAGCUCCGCUUGAGCCAAUGCAGCAGCAGAGCCGGCAGCCUGACCUAGUGGAGGGAAGCCUUCCAGUGUUUGUGUUCCCCACUGAGCUGGUUUUCUAUGCAGAUGAGCAGGCUUCACAUAAACAGGUGCUCACCCUCUACAACCCUUAUGAGUUUGCUCUUAAAUUCAAAGUUCUGUGCACAUCGCCAAACAAGUAUGCUGUGGUUGACGCAACUGGUGCCGUUAAACCGCAAUGUUGUGUGGACAUCGUGAUCCGCCACAGGGAUGUGCGGGCCUGCCAUUAUGGGGUGAUCGAUAAGUUCCGUCUGCAGGUGUCUGAGCAGAGUCAGAGGAAGGCACUAGGCAGGAAGGAAGUCAUGGCCACUCUGAUGCCCUCUGCUGCUCAGGAGCAGCCCCAGGCCCGGCCCCAUGAAGAAGAGCGCAGGAUGAAGGAGCAGCUUGCCGACAGAGUGUUUUUCGAGCAGACUGCAUUUCAGACAGAGAGCCGUACAGCAUCUGGGGGCCCCAGCCUUCUCACUGUCCUUUUAGGUCUGGUGUGUAUGGCAGCCCUUAUGCUCCCAACUCUGGGAGAGCAGGAGUCCACAGUGCCUGUCUACCUCCACUUAAGUGUUAACAAAAAACUUGUGGCUGCAUACGUCUUAGGUCUUCUUACAAUGGUUAUUCUACGCACUUGAAGUGCUCUUGAAAUCCUUGUCAAAAGCAAAUGUUGACGUGAUGAAAUAUGGACAUUCAACACAACCAGGAGGGUUGUGAGGAUGGGGGAAUCAUGUCCGUGAAACUCCCUCUAAACAGGAACUUACUUCUUAAAUGAUACAAACUUAAAGACACCGUGAAGUUGCAAAGAUCUUAUAGGGGUAGGGCAGUGAUCUUCUGUUUACAGGCUGAACAAUGACUGAGCUUGCAAAUGGGUCAAGCUGAGUAUUAUGUUAAGUGGAAUGGGGGAUUGACCAUGAGUAUAUUGAAUUAAAUGUGGUGUUGUACUCCAUAUUCUGUGUGUCUGUGGCAUUUUGUUGCCGUCUCAAGACUGAACUUCUUUUUUGUUUGCAUUUUUUUAUGCCCUUAUUUCUUGUGCUGCUCAGAUGUUUGUCCCCUGCUUAAAUAUUGUACACAGUUAUCUAUAGAUAUCCACACAAAAUAAACCAAAUGGAUUUUUCAAAGACA